AUGGCCUUGGCCUUGGCCGUGGGAGAGAAGCGACUGAAGAGAAUGAGAAAGGAAGUUCUGAGUUGGGCUUUUGAGAGAGUGGUUCGGGCUAACUGUAAGCAAGCGAGACCGGGUCGGAUCUGUGGUGGGCCCUCGCUUCAGGAAGCCGUCGUAAGCUCCAGACGGAAGCUUUCUACGGACGCUAGAACCUGCGAUGACGUGGCAGUUCCCGCCUAA